CUGCAUCUGCGGUCGUUGUUGUUUGAAGUCUGGGUUAAUCUCGUGCAUGGGGAAGUUAAGCUCAAAUUUGCUUUUGCAGAAGGAAUUGUUCUGAGGAUUUUUAUUUCUUUAGUGUUUAAUUCUUUCUUUAAUCUAGCGUGCAAAAUCAGAGUUCUGUUUGUUUAUAAGCCUUUGUGUUUUACUGUUUCACUUGACGAUUGGAGCUCGUUUGUUGGGUUCACGUACGCCCAGGAUAACAAUCGCUUACGGCCAGUACUUUUAGGAGCCUCAGUUAUAAGUACGCGUUGCACGAAAUCUUAUGAAAAAAAAUCACGGCUAGAAUCUCUAUUCGGUAUUUCUCUGUAUUACUCUAACUAUUCUCCUCGCCAAGUCAUUCAGCAUAGAUCGAGUUUUGCAUCUGGAGAAUGUUGGUCUUUUGAAGGGACUGGUUAUCUGGUCAUAAAGUUAUCGCAUCCUGUUUACGUAACCGAAAUAAGUUAUGAGCAUUUGCCUCUUUGUCUCUAUCCAGAUGGGAACAUGAAAAGUGCCCCGAAGCUUUUCCAGAUUUGGGUGAAACCAGAAGACUUGAGCUCCAAAUACCUCAUUGGUGAGUAUGAGUACAAUAUUAGCGGGCAGUCACUGCAAACGUUCCCUGCUCAGAAUAUCCCACCGGAUCCUACAUCAUUUAUUGAACUAAUUGUACUUUCCAACUGGGGAGCCUCCUACACGUGCCUUUAUCGGUUAAGGGUGCAUGGGAAACUACCUACGAACGCAACUGUGUAA